AUGGCCGACCAGGACCCCGCUCAGCAGCAGCAGGCGCAGGAGCCCUCCAAGAGCGCGCUCAAGAAGGCCGAGAAGCAGGCCAAGCUCGCCGCCGCCAAGGCCGAGAAGCUCGCCGUCCGCGCCGCCGGCGCCGUCACGGGACAGGGACAACAGAAGGAGGGCCAGAAGAAGAAGGGCGGUGCUGCUGCUGGUGGCGCUGGUGGCGACGACGGCAAGGAGAUCAUCGGCAUUACCGUGUCCAAGGAGAAUAACUUUAGCCAGUGGUACCAUGACCUUGUGAUCAAGGCCGAGCUGGUAGAGUAUUACUCCGAGAUCUCUGGAUUCUACAUCCUUCGACCGGGCGCAAUGCACAUCUGGAACACUAUCCGGUCCUGGUUCCAGUCGCGGAUCGAGGAGAUGGGCGUCGACGAGACGAGCUUCCCUAUGUUCCUGUCCAGCAAGUCUCUUGAGAAGGAGAAGGACCACGUUGAGGGUUUCGCCCCCGAGUUGGCCUGGGUUACCAAGGCUGGUGACAAGGACCUCGAAGUCCCCGUCGCUGUCCGCCCGACCUCCGAGGCCGUCAUGUACCCCUACUACGCCAAGUGGAUUCGAUCCCACCGAGACCUCCCCUUCCGCCUGAACCAGUGGAACUCUGUCGUCCGAUGGGAAGCCAAGCAGACCACUCCUUUCCUGCGAACGAGAGAGUUUCUGUGGCAGGAGGGUCACACUGCUCACUUGACCGAGGAGCUUUCCUCCAAGGAGGUGCUCGAGAUUUUGGAUCUCUACGCCGGCGUCUACGAGGAGCUUCUGGCUGUUCCCGUUGUCCGUGGAAAGAAAACCGAGGCUGAGAAGUUCGCUGGUGGCUACUGGACCUCGACCUGCGAGGCGUACAUUCCUACCAACGGCCGUGGUAUCCAGGGUGCAACCUCUCACGCUCUUGGCCAGAACUUCUCCAAGAUGUUCGACAUCACCGUCGAAGACCCGGUCAAGAAGGGCGAGAAGAUUCACGUCUGGCAAAACUCGUGGGGUCUGUCAACGCGCGUUAUCGGUGUCAUGGUCAUGCUCCACGGCGACGACAAGGGUCUCGUCCUCCCUCCCAGAGUAUCCAAGAUCCAGGCCAUCCUGAUCCCCGUCGGCAUCACUGCAAAGAUGAGUGCCGAGGACAAGGAGAAGCACGCCAAGAAGGUCGAGGAGCUCCGCGUCGCGCUCAAGUCGAAGAAGGUCCGCGUCGACGUGGACGACCGCGAGGGCUACACGCCGGGCUACAAGUUUGCCGACUGGGAGCUCAAGGGCGUGCCGCUGCGCCUCGAGUUCGGCCCCAAGGACGCGUCCAACAACUGGGUCACGUACGCGCGCCGCGACACGGGCGAGAAGGGCACAAUCCCCAUCGCCGAGCUCGAGACCCGGGUGCCCGAGCUGCUCGAGACGAUCCAGCGCGACCUGUACAACAAGGCCGACGAGUCGUUCCGGUCGCACCGCCUGCAGCUGACGGACUGGGCCAAGGUGGUGCCGGCGCUGGACUCGCGCAACGUCGUGCUCAUCCCCUUCUGCGAGGAGCCGGCCUGCGAGGACCAGAUCAAGGACGCGACGCGCAGCGACGACCACCAGGAGGUGGGGCCCAACGGCGAGAAGCUGCCGAGCAUGGGCAUGAAGUCGCUGUGCAUCCCCUUUGAGCAGCCUGAGGGCCUGGUCAAGGGCGAGACCAAGUGCCUGAACCCGCAGUGCGGGAAGCUGGCGAAGUCUUGGACUAUGUUUGGGCGUAGUUACUAA